UUCAACCCGAACCUUUUCUUCAUUUUUAAACUUUUCUAAAGGAAUUCACAAUGGUCCCCAAGACACAAGUCCAAGCGUGUGCCGCUGAAGCAGCAACAAAAGAUCCGGCGCAAGGCGUCCGAGAAGCGGCGCAAGGACCGGCGCGAGGCGAAGCGCAACCCGCAGCGCAAGAAGUUGAAGAAGGACCCUGGAAUCCCGAACCUGUUCCCGAUGAAGGACAAGGUGCUGAACCAGAUCGAGGAGCACCGGGCACAGCUGAAGGAGGAGAAGGAGCGCCAGCGCGACGCACGGAAAUCCCUGCACGACAAGAACCGCAACAUCAGUGCAGUCACAAGCAUUGCCGACCUGGCCCGGGACGCGCAGUCGCGGGAUGCCCAGUAUGAGGAUGACAUGAGCGACUCGGACUCGGACUCGGGCGUGCGGGCUACCGUCGACGGCGCCGUGGUGGGCCGGCGCGACAACUCGAAGCGUGCCUACUACAAGGAGUUCCAGAAGGUUGUUCAGAACGCCGACGUUAUCUUGGAGGUGCUUGAUGCCCGCGAUCCGCUCGGCACGCGCGCGCCGCAGAUCGAGCGCAUGAUCAUGGAUGCUGGGGCAAACAAGCGCAUCAUCCUGAUCCUGAACAAGAUCGAUCUGGUGCCGCGCGACGUGGUCGAGAAAUGGCUAAAGUACCUGCGCCACGAGUUCCCCACACUGGCCUUCAAGGCCUCCACGCAGGAGCAGCGCAGCAACCUGGGCCAGGCCAGCUCCUCCAGCAAGAAGGCUGCCACCCUGACCACGUCCGAGUGCGUCGGCGCCGAGUCGCUGAUCCAGCUGCUGAAGAACUACUCGCGCAACCAGAAGAUCAAGACAUCCAUCACGGUCGGUGCCAUUGGCUUCCCGAACGUCGGCAAGUCGUCGCUGAUCAACUCGCUCAAGCGGUCGCGCGUCUGCGGCGUGGGCUCCACCCCUGGCUUCACCAAAUUUGUCCAGCAGAUCCAUCUUGACAAGAACCUCAAGCUGCUCGACUGCCCUGGCAUCGUCUUCAACGGCCCCGUCAAGGCUGGCACCAAGCUUGACGAGACCGCCAUGGCCGAGAUGAUGCUGCGCAACUGCAUCAAGGUCGAGCUGCUUGACGAUCCCGUCACCCCUGUCGACCUGAUCGUCCAGCGCUGCAAGCCGCAGGCCCUCCAGGCCAUGUACAAUGUGCCGGCCUUUAUGACCACCCGCGAUUUCCUGGUGCGUCUUGCCAUCCAGCGCGGUCAGCUCAAGCGCGGUGGCAUUGCUGAUGUUGAGGCUGCGGCCCGUAUUGUGCUCUCCGACUGGAACAAGGGCAAGAUCCCCUACUACACUCUGCCGCCGGGCAUGACCGCCAAGACGAACUCGGGUAUGACCGCUGCUGGUGACGCUGCCGCCGCCCAUGGCGCCGAGCGUGCCGUUGUUGUUAGCGAGUGGGCCAAGGAAUUCGACAUUGGCGCCCUGCUUGGUGAUAUUGACUCGACCGCCCUUGAGGGUGCCAAGACCGACAAUGCGUUCUCGCGCCGUGCCGUCGUCAUGGAGGGUCGCACCAUUACCCAGGAUAUCAACAUGGAGAUGGACGCCGCCGAUAUGUCCAGCGAGGACGACGAAGAGCUUAUGUCCGAGGACGACGAAGCUGUCCACAGCGCCCAUGGGUACCACCGUCAUCGACCUGCCAGCCACCAGGAAGAUCAAGGCUCUGGAGCGUAGCUCUGGCCAGGCCCUCACCAGCGAGGAGGCUGCAAUCAACCCUCAGCUCAACCGCCAGCUCAAGCUCGAGCAGCGCAAGAAGCAGAAGAAGCAGGCAAAGAAGGCUCUGGAGCUGGCUGCCUGCUGCUGCUGAUGACAUGGCGGUCGAAGAGGCUGGCGAUGGCAACGAUGACUACGACUUUGGCACAUACUUUAAGCAGCCGGAGGCCACAGUGGAGCAGGACGCGAUGGAGGAGUCCGAUGACG